AUGACGUCAAAACACAAGCCCCUUGGUGUCCUGUCCAGCCAGCCAAUCCUACCGAAUCAUUGUCCAGGGGGGAAGAUCGAUCUACUUCUCCAAAUUGGUACACAAGGAUCGUCUUCUUCCCCCAAGUUCGCCUGCGACACACCCUUUCUCUCAAGAGAAUGGAACAAUCAUGACUUUGCAUACGGUCGCAUUAGGCGCGGCUCUCACGCCUACCGUUCUCCAGGCUCUCAUCGAUCAUGUGGGUCUCUUUCUGCUGUUGAGCAGCUUUCCUUUGGCGAGGACCUAGCGGUUCGUCGCGAGAUAAUUACAUGCGCUAACAUCUACGUUCCUUCUUGGCAGUAUAUCCAUCGCAAGGCACGACACACACAUCCCCAGGUGCAUUUAACAUAUGACGAGGGAAUUCAAAUCGUUCGGCAAUUUCUCUACUAUGCCUCCAAGCACCCCGUGGAGGACCUGCAGGCGUUCUCACGCCAAUGGGUCCCCAGUCCACAUUGGGUGAGAACGGAGGCAAUCACGAUUCCCAAUGACUUCUUGUCGAGGGCAGCAACGGCUCUCGCCCACCAACUAGGUCCACGGGGACUGGUGCGGGUGGGCGGCGAGAAAUGGUGGCAAUGGCGUGGGCCAAGUGAAGAACUCAAGGGCGAAUGGAUCGAGAUGCGCAAUCACUAUACCGAGCGGGAAAAAGCCAACGAGCGCUGCAACAAAAUCAUGCUGUAUAUACAUGGCGGUGCUUACUUCUUUGGCAGCAUUGAUACCCAUCGCUACAUGUUACAGAGGCAUGCUCGCAAGCUUAAAGGGCGUGUAUUCGCCCCCGACUAUCGUCUGGCCCCCCAAUACCCAUUCCCGUGCGCGCUGCAAGACUGUCUGGCAGCAUACCUGUGGCUGUUGGAAAGCUACAGUUCAAAGGAAAUUAUCUUGGCUGGUGAUUCGGCGGGUGGUGGGAUGUCACUGUCGCUACUGGUCAUCAUGCGCGACCAAGGAAUCCCACUGCCUGCCGGUGCAAUUCUAAUCUCACCGUGGGUAGACCUUACUCACUCCUUCCCGAGUAUUGUCGCAGACAACCCCGGCGAUUACAUUCCGCCCUAUGGCUUCAGACACAAGCCAUCCGUCGCCUGGCCUCCGCCGAACGCCGAUGAACUUCUCAGAAUCAAGAAACUUUCCCAGAAAAAGACAGUCACAGCAGAUGAACUCGAGGCUGCUGGUCCCACAGCCGACAGAGACACAAUGGAGACGGCUGUUCGAGGAUUUACACGCCAUGGCAAGAAGCAUGGGACGGAGAAUCACGCGUACCCGGGGAUGCAACAGAGCCCCGAUCCGAACAAUCUGCAUGCAGAGCCUGACAACAUUCGUGUCAUGUUGUCUGGCGAGACAGUAGAGUUGAAAGACCAGAUCCAGCUUUAUGCCACAAAUCAGCUAAUGUCCCACCCGCUCGUGUCACCCAUUCUGCAGCCCUCUCUUGGUGGACUUCCGCCCCUGCAGAUUCUGAGCGGCAGUGGUGAGAUGCUUCGGGAUGAGCAAUUCUAUGUGGCUCACAAAGCCGCGAACCCGACCGCAUAUCCUCCAGCUGACAUCUAUCUUGAUGAAUUUGAUCCAAAUCGUGAAGUCCUGAAUAAGUACGAGCCAACGCAUGUCCAGCUUCAAGUAUGGGAUGAUUUGUGUCAUGUUGCCCCUACUCUCAGUUUCACACGGCCGGCGAAGUACAUGUUCCGCUCUAUAUCUCAAUUUGGAGCUUGGGCACUUGCUCGUGCACAAAAGACGGACGUGGAUAUUAUGGAUCACAAUCUGCUGUCUCCAACGUCAUCGAGUGACGAAGAUGGAUCAGUUAGCCCCAAAGCCUCCUUAGAUGGCCGUCAGCCAACCUUCCCCGCGGGCGUCUCAGUUGGUAUAGCUGGGGAUCCCUUACCCGCCUUUGAGAACUACAUGAUUCGGCAAAGGGUUGACAAGAGGGGCCACUUAUACCAUCUGGAUCCCCCUUCUGCCUACCCUGUAUUGGCUAUACCCCCAGAAAAAGUCGGCGCCAUAAACCCUGAUUUGAUCAGUAAAUGGCUCAAGGCCAAGAACGAAUGGGACAUCAGGUUUGCUAAGGAAAAGGUUCGCGUUCAGACCCAACGCAUCAAGGAAAUGGCUCAUGGCUUCCAAGAUUUUGAUGGAGAGUGCCCUCCUCCCAGUUCUCUGGCUGCCCGACGAGCAGCUCCAGAAGUCUUGCCUAAACGUCACACUAAAAAGAAUCAUGGCCUUGCAUUAUGGAGUGGCUGGGGCAGCAAGCAUGACGAGCGAACAAUGGAGAAGGUCACAGACGCCAAGAAGACUGGCCAGAAGACAACCAGCAAGGCCAUUGACGUUGGUCAGGCGGGUUCAUGUUCAAGCUUGCCACUCAGGACCUCUCAGCAGGUCAACUCCAAGCAAGAUGAGCGUCUUGGUGCUGCCAAGUCGAGUUUCGCUAAUGGUGCUGCUUUUGUUGGACGCAAUCCAGACACAAACGCAGAGAACACAGCGGAAGGAAGCGAAGAUAACACCGUUGGCCGUCCUUCCGAGUCUACCUCCUUGCGUCCGAUACCAGAGAAUAAUGGAGGCUCUUUUCUAAUUCUCCCAGGCGUCGAUAAUCGCAAGUUCAUGGAGGAGAAUGCUAGCACUCGAGCGCUGUUCGGUGCUUCAGGGACCUUACCAAUGUCUUCGGAUACAUCGUUACCUUACGUGCAGGACCGCCCGUCGUCGGUCGGUAACUCUGUUGCUGGUCAAAGCGAAUUCUUGUCAGAGCUUGGAGAAGAUACAAGCAUCCGCGCCGUUUUGGGGGUUAGAGGUGUAGCGGACCCGAUUGGAAAUGCGGAUGGCCCACGCCGAUCAGGGGAAACGACUUCUUUACGCACAAGUCAAUUGAGCAGAGAUGCCAUGCCUACUGCUGGUGAUGAAAGUGCCCCUUGGUCGUCUGAGCGCCCUGAGAUGCCCGACAGAGAGGUAUUUAAAACAGCCCAGGAGACAAUUUAG